AUGCGCCCAACCUGCGCCCACGCUGCCGAUGUGGGGUUUAGCGGGCGGACACACGCCUUCACCGUCCACCUCCCGGCCUGGCAGCCAGCGGGGCGGCGGCGCGGACGCAGGCUGCACAGGGCGGCAGCGAGGGCUGAGGCAGCCGAGCCCAGCGGCGAGGCGGCGGCGGGGUUGCGCCAGCCGCAGGCCGCCGCACGUGCCGCAGCACAGCCGGCGCUGGCGCAGCCCCAGCCGCAGCGCGACCCGUACACGCUGGCCGGCCAGCGGCUGCGCAGCCUGCUGAACGGCGUGGGCGACGGCGAGGAGGAGAUGCUGAACAACCUGCUUGAGGAGCAGCCCGCCAGCAGCAAGCUGGCGCUGUGCCUGCUGGCGGGGGGCCUCAUCUCCGCCGGCGCCGCCGUCGUGUGCUGGCUGUGCGGGCUGGACCCCGCGGGCGGCGCCUCGCUGUCGGCCGACAGCCUGCGGGCGGCGGCGGUGGGCGGCGCGGCCGCCGCGCCGCUGGUGGCGCUCAAGGCGCUGCUGUGGAGCGAGGCGGCGCGCAGGGAGAUGCCCUUUCUUGAGGACAUCCACAAGGCGCAGGUGGUGGACGCCUUCAAGCCCAUGCUUUCCAACCUGAACGGCGCCCAGACGGCGGCGCUGCUGGCCUCAGAGGUGGUGCCCGGGGUGCUCAUCCUGCUGCCCGCCACCACUGGCGGCAUCACCAAGUCCCUCCAGAUGUACUGCGACAUGGCCGGCAGCCAGGCGCCCGACUUUUUGCCGGGCAUCUUGGCGCUGCUCAUCACCGCCUCCAUCGCGGGGGUGGGCAAGAUUGCUGAGACGAGCGUGACGCUGGAGGAGUAUGAGGUGGUGCGCAACGCGCUGGAGAACGCAGACCGCUACUACCGGCUGACGGCCAUGGACCGGGACAGCACCCCGGCAGAUGCGCAGCGCGCCGCCGACGCCUUCAAAAACGUGGCCUUCACAUGGAUCGCGCGCAACCAGGUGGCGGUGCGCUUUGCCGCUGGGCUGGGCGCUCUGGAGGUCAUCUAUCUGGGGGUGCUCUGGCAGCAGACCGGAGACCUGGCGGCGCCCAUGGUGGCGGCCCUCGGGGCGGCGGCCGUCGACUUUGCCCACAUCAGGCGCCAUGUCCCCGCCAAGGCCGGCUGA